UCUCGUACAGCAGUAGACGAAGAAGUAGGGACUGCUGCUGAAAAUGAUCACUCUGAUCUUGUUGGCUACAACAAUGUUGACGACGAGCUUGCGAGCGGUAGCGCAAGUUGUAGCUCUUUUUCCAACAAUUGUUCAUGAUGUAGUUCAGCUUCGCAAGAUAGAACUAGGAAAAGUAGACCACGAUGGCAACUGCAAGGGCAGCAACAUCGAUGAUAAAGAACAUGACCUUCUCCGUGUUGUAGGAAAGUUUCUUGGCGGGCUCGCCAAGGCCGCAGUGUCUUGGACCGAAGAGAACAUUAUUCGUAGCGCUCGCGAGCAACGGCCUCUGAGCAAACCAGUGACCGAUUUUCUCGCUAUGCUUAAGAACUUCUUAUCCUACACAUAUCCACUCAACCGUUUAGUACAAACAUCAACCACUUCAACUAGCCGCGACCACGCUGCAGACCAAGAAGAUUUUUACGAGAGAAGCGAGGCAGUAGCAGACCACGAGGAUACCUUGUAAGUAUAGAAGGUCAUACUACAACUGGUUUAUACGCGGGAAAAUCGCUGCUCCCAAUCUGGACGCGUGGCAGAAGACAAAGUGGAUUGAUACCUACGAAAUUAGACGAGGUGGUCACGUAACAGACUAUAAACUACGUGCUCUGCUGGCGGAAGCAAUAACGAAACUUGAUGGCAUGUAACUUAUGGCUGGUGUAAAGAUUAUACUAGAACUAGAUUUUUUCUUGGAUACAUAGUACGAACGAAAUAAAUGAUUUUCAUUUUGUUGCAUGUGUACUAAAAAUGUAGUAGUCUUUAAUACUCCUCAACAACUCGUCGAACUCCUUCGGCAGAUGCACAGCGUAAGCAUGACCCGGAGGUUGGUUGGGAGUUAUAGUGAAGGUGAACAUGUAGAUUAUUGGUAUUCGAAUCUUCACAGCGACAGACUGCGACAUCAUGUUGCAUUGCUCAGCAGGCUACGUCAUUUUGCAGAAGAAGAUGAGUAUUUUUACCCGAGUCGUCAAACGAUCUGAAUCUUCCGAAUAUGUACUUUCUUGAUGAUUUGUCAGUAAGUAACGUUCUGAUUCUUAUAAUAAGUUUUUCAAAGGAUGAGUAGAGGGAUCCAUCUUAACAUCAAGUGACAUUCAUUAAUAUGGGUCACAGCAAGAAUAAACGCAGUAUGAACUGAGAUCUUUUCGAUGCAUAUGCAUUUUCCUACACCAGAUACGUAAUAUUUUUAUCGCGUAGGUAAAGCUACUAAACCACAUCAAG